CGCCGCCGGUCUCCUCCCCCUGGCUUCUUAACCCUGCUCCCGGACGCCUGGGUCCAUCCUGCGGAGGCGCGAGGGGGCUGCGCGCGCGCGCCAGCCAGCCAGCCAGCCAGCCAGGGGGACAGCAUGCCGGCGCCGUACACGCGGAUCGUGGGCUUAGGAGCUUCCUCCCUCCGGUGCUGGGCUGCCGGCCCAGUGCGCUGGGCCCAUGCGCCACGGGUUCUACACGGAGACCUCAGCAAGCUCUCCGGGCGGGUGCAGGAAUUUGUGGAGCACGGGGUGAAACUCUGCCAGCCGGACAACGUCCACAUCUGCGACGGGACUGCGAAAGAGAAUGACAAGAUCUUGAACCACCUGGAGUCGGAAGGAAUCAUCAAACCUCUUACCAAAUAUGAAAACUGCUGGCUAGCCAAGACUGAUCCGAAGGAUGUGGCCCGUGUGGAGAGCCGGACAGUCAUAGUGACCGAGAACCAGCGGGACACCGUGCCCAUCCCUGCUCCGGGGGUCAAAGGGCAACUGGGCAACUGGAUGAGCCCCCAAACGUUCCAGGAGGCAGUGCAUGACCGGUUCCCGGGUUGCAUGAAAGGCCGCACCAUGUAUGUCAUCCCUUAUAGCAUGGGGCCCAUCGGCUCGCCCCUUUCCAAGAUCGGGAUCCAGCUCACGGACUCGGCCUACGUGGUUGCCAGCAUGCGCAUCAUGACCCGCAUGGGCGCCGCGGCCCUCCGAGCACUGGGGGACGGCGAGUUUGUCCGGUGCCUGCAUUCCGUGGGGCGCCCCCUGCCCUUGGAUGGCGAGCUGGUGAACCACUGGCCUUGCAACCCCGAGAAGACCUUAAUUGCGCAUGUCCCCGAACGCCGGGAGAUCGUCUCCUUCGGCAGCGGCUACGGGGGCAACUCGCUUCUGGGGAAAAAGUGCUUUGCCCUGCGCAUCGCCUCGUGCAUCGCCAAAGAUGAAGGAUGGCUGGCCGAGCAUAUGCUGAUCCUGGGGCUCACGAACCCCGACGGCAAAAAGAAAUAUGUGGCUGCCGCAUUUCCCAGUGCGUGUGGGAAGACCAACCUGGCCAUGAUGAACCCCACGUUGUCGGGCUGGAGGGUGGAGUGCGUGGGGGACGACAUCGCCUGGAUGAAGUUCGACAGCGAAGGCCGCCUGCGCGCCAUCAACCCGGAGAACGGCUUCUUUGGGGUGGCACCGGGCACAUCCACCAAGACCAACCCCAAUGCGAUGCACACCAUCCAGCGCAACACCAUCUUCACCAAUGUCGCUGAGACCAGUGAAGGGGGCGUCUACUGGGAGGGCAUCGACCAGAUGAUCCCACCUGGGGUGACCAUCAGUACCUGGCAGGGCAAGCCCUGGAAGCCAGGUGAUCCGGGACCCGCAGCUCAUCCCAACUCCCGCUUUUGCGCUCCGGCCCGCCAGUGCCCCAUCAUGGACCCGGACUGGGAGUCUCCCGAGGGUGUCCCGAUUGAUGCCAUCAUCUUCGGGGGCAGAAGGCCAGCAGGUGUCCCCUUGGUGUACGAGGCCUUCAACUGGCGCCACGGCGUCUUCGUGGGCAGUGCCAUGAGAUCCGAGUCCACUGCAGCAGCUGAACACAAAGGUAAGGUCAUCAUGCACGACCCCUUUGCCAUGCGUCCUUUCUUUGGGUACAAUUUUGGCCGUUAUCUGGAGCACUGGUUGAGCAUGGAAGAACGCAAGGGUGUUCGUCUUCCGAAAAUCUUCCAUGUCAACUGGUUCCGGAAGGAUGCAGCCGGGAAUUUCUUGUGGCCAGGCUUCGGGGAGAACUCUCGAGUCCUCGACUGGAUCUUCCGCCGUGUUGAUGGGGAAGCGAGCGCCAAGGAAACCCCCAUUGGGUACAUCCCAAAAGAAGGCGCCUUAGACAUGUCAGGCCUCAGCAAAGUCAGCCAUCAAGAGCUUUUCUCACUACCCAAGGAAUUCUGGCAACAAGAAGUCCGGGAAAUAAGGCAGUACCUGACAGAACAAGUUCCCCAGGACCUGCCCAAGGAAGUCAUGAAGGAACUGGAGGCUCUGGAGGACCGAGUGAAGAAGAUGUGAGGGACCUGGAAAAAGAAGAAAAGAACCAAAGACACGUCCUCUGUAUCUCCGAUGGGGAGAGGGAGGAGAUAGCAGAGAGCAUGUUUACAGAAUUUCCCUUCCCCACUUCUUGCCAGCUAACCCUUUCUGGCCACUGGGAGUCAGCGCUCUUCUUUCCAUGGUCGCAAGGUGGCCAUCUGGCUUCUCAGGCAACCUGAGCCAUACCUAGUUCCUCUCUGUGAGUCCGUUUUCUUGAUACAUCUGCUUUCCUUUCUGUGCCACUCUCCUUGCCUGGUUGCCGAGAAACGAGGUGGAAAGGAUCCGCCAUCUUCUUUCCUCAUGUGUGUCGUUCUUCUCUUCUGAGGCUAAUUUACUUGUCUGUGUGUCUUUCCUUGUUACUGAGUCGUUGUUUUGACCUGCCACAGACUGCCUUUUCUUUUUGGUGAAGACUACUUUGCAAAAACGGUGUGUGUGCGGGGGAGAUAUGUGAGGAAACCUUAAGCUAGCUUGGUGCACAUCUUCAGAUCCCAGCUUGAAUGCCCACUAGACUCAUUCCGCUUGGGAGCAUGAAUGGAAAACGAGUUGAUAGUUAGCUUGUGAUACUGACAGCACUGGAAGCUCUUCCAUCGAUAAGAUUCUACAUCAGGGGUCCGUUCCUUAGCAGAAUCUUGAGACCAGCUUUCCUAUAAAAUAGCUCAAAUCUGACAAAACAGUAGGUGCUAAUCCUCCGUCACUUUCUGGGCUUGCUGCUAAUCUGUACCUGCAUACCACCCCAGCUCCAAUAGAUUUUAUGAUUUAUACAUUCUGCAAACAGGGAGCAAGUUGGCUGCUUUUCUGUGUCA